CUUAAACUUACAUACAAUUAAUUAAGACGACAUAUCUACUCCAAAGAUGAAUUUUUUAAUUAUAUUUUCAGUGAUUUUCUCUAUUAUUAUAGGAGAUAUUUAUGGAAAGAGUUUCGAUUUCGAGCAAUUGUUGAAAUUAUCUACGAUUAAGAAGAGAGCUGAAGAAAAUAUCUUGGAAAAUAUACUGGAUAUUGAAUUAGAUCCCACACCAUGCCCCGUUAUUGAAUGUCUGAUAAUAACAGAUAGUGCCUACGCUGCAAGAUUUGAUACAGAAGAAGAAAUUAUCGAUUAUAUAAAUGAUCUAAUUAGUGCAACACAAAAUAUUCUCGAUGGAUUAGAACUUAAUAUAACACUUCGUUUGAUUGGACGUAUCUCCUACUAUACAAACGAAACCGAACCAGAUUUCAUUAAAAAGAGCCUGUAUACAGAAAGACCCCGUACCAUUAUUGCUAACGAAGUCAUUGUUAAUAUGCGUGAUAUGGAGAAGUUUCCCAUUGUAGAAAAAGCCGAUAUUAUUGUUGUGCUUAGUGGACGUCAAGUAUUUUCAUCUCGUCCAAAACCAGGAGAAGGACUAGGAGGAGAAAUCAAUGGCAUGGCUUGGGUGCAAGGUGUUUGUAAUUCGGUCUUAAAAUUUGCGAUUGUCAGCGAUGACCGUCAUCUGUCUUGGACAAUUGAUACGUUUGUUCACGAAGUAGGACAUCUAAUCAAUGUUGGUCAUUCCGACGUGGAAGAAGGAUUAGAAGGUUGCUCUUCCGUGAUAUUACCCGGAGAAAAAUAUUCUUCUUGCUCUAAGAAAACCGUAAAAGAACAUUUAAACUCACCAUCCGGUGCCUGUAUGUUCGAUAAUUGUGACAAUAGCAACAAAUGAAGAUUGAAUUUUUACACGUUCAUCGAUCCAUAAGAAUUGUUUUUUAUAGUAAAAUAAAAUUGCAAUUAAUUCAACGGAUUUUAUGUAUUAAAUAUAAAUAUUUCAUAAUGUUCUGAAUAAUAAUGUAAUUAUGUUUAACUCUAGAAUGCGCUAUUAAUAAAGCUUUUUGCCCUUUUAUAAUAAUUUUUAAAAUGGAAAUGAUUUUUGUAAUAAAGAAAAACAAUUGUAAAGGCUAAUAACGAGUAAAAUCAUCAUUAAAUCCGACCCUACUCCAGAUAUAACACGUGACUCCCCUUUAUUUCCUCACCCCCUGGACUUUACCCACUAAAAUUUACUAACACCAAUCUCCUAAUACAUAAAACUUCCCCCAAAAUUUACGAUAAAAAGCACAGG